GUUCUCCACACUUGGUCAAACUGUGCAUCAGUCGCGAGAGCAAGAUCCCUCUCCACAUAAAAUCCUGGGUUGCUGCCUGGCUGGGGUCAUACCGAAGUAAUAAUGAUGACGAGAUUUCCCCUCUUGCUGGUGGGCUUGCUGUCUGCCGCGCUCAUCCUGGCUGGCUUUGGCAACAAGCAACUCAAGGAUCAGCUAGUCCUAGUGAACCGAAGCCUCGCCCUCGCCAACAAUACGGAAGUCUAUCUGAAGGCCUGCAGAGUGAGCUUAAACGAACAUAUGCGCUCUUUAUCGAUUUGCGAUAAGGAGGAAACUAAGCUAAACGCGAAGGUCAGCAAGCUGAAGGAGGAAAUUGCAGGGCUGAAGAAGCAAGUAGACAUGAUCCCAAAUAAAGAUAAGGAGAUCGCAGAUCUGAAGCUUAAGGUCCAGCUGGCUGCCAAGAGGGAGGAGGAGCUGAAGGCGAGGACGAGAGAGAUGGAGAAUGCUUUGAACACCUUGGGGAAUGAGGCGGAGGCACGAAGAGCUAAACAAGCUAAAGAAGCUGAAAAGGACAAAAAAACUGAAGAAGCCAAAAAGGCUGAAGAAGCCAAAAAGGCUGAAGAAGCCAGAAAGGCUGAAGAAGCCAAAAAGGCUGAAGAAGACAAAAAGGCUGAAGAAGCCAAAAAGGCACAGGAGAAAAAGCCUAAAGCCUAAAGCCUAAGCAGCAGAAAAGUAAAGUGAAAAUUGGGAAUUUGAAGUGAAUCACUGUGUUCCGAAAAAAACAAAUCUUUAAACUUGUUCACCCGUUGAUGCUAUGAGUUGAGUGAAGACCAGCGGAGUUAUGAACAUCAUGACAUUCCUGCUGUCUGUGGAAUCGGGAUUUAAGAUCGAGUCGGCCAGUGAGCACCCAGUGACUCAAUCAUCGCAGCUUGCCGUCCAGGGGGCAAUAAACAAUGAUGACACCUACAGGGCAGAAUGGGCAAAAAAAGAA